AUGAAGCCCACGCCUGUCUUCCUCGCUUUCGCCGCCGUUCUCUCCAGCACGCUCGCGGCCCCCGCCCCGGCGUCUCCGCCCGAGAAACGGGCGAACCCGCAAGGCGUCGACAUCUCGCACUACCAGGGCACCGUCAACUUCAACACCCUCAAAUCGAACGGCCUCUCCUUCGUGUACAUCAAAGCUACCGAGGGCACUACGUACACGGACCCGAUGUUCAGCACGAACUACGACGGCGCGACGAGCGCGGGCCUCAUCCGCGGCGCGUACCACUUCGCGCACCCGGACACAUCUUCGGGCGCGGUGCAGGCAAAUGCCCCGAGCGGGAACGAGUGCUACGGGCUGAGCGCGUCAGCGAUGGUGUCGUGGAUCAAGGACUUCUCGAACACCUACCACUCUUCCGUGGGCGUCUACCCAGUGAUCUACACCACCACCGACUGGUGGACGUCGUGCACCGGUAACAGCGCGUCCUUCGCGUCCACGAACCCACUCUGGAUCGCCCGCUACUCGUCGAGCAUCGGCACGCUUCCUGCAGGAUGGUCGUACACAACGUUUUGGCAGUACGCUGACUCGGGAGCGAACCCCGGGGACCAGGACGAGUUCAACGGGUCCGCGCAGGGGUUGAAGAAUCUUGCCUUGGGCUAG